UUUUCCACACCUAAGGAUGUAUAUAAAAGCAUAUGAUUAACCAGCAAUCAACACACGUGCUAGCUAGCUAAUUAAAUGGAUUUGGUUUUUGAUUCCCUAACUAGUACCAUCACAUUAGCAUUCUUUUCUAUAUUCUUGUUUUAUAUUUUGUUUCUUUAUCGUUCUUCCAAAGCUUCUCAAUGCAAAGAGGCUCCCAUAGUUCAAGGGGCAUGGCCAAUACUUGGUCACCUUCAACUAUUGUUAGGUUCACAAGGACCUCAUAGAACCUUAGGUGCAUUGGCUGACACAUAUGGACCUUUAUUCACAAUCAAACUUGGUUCGAGAAAUGCUUUGGUGCUAAGUAAUUGGGAAAUGGCUGAGGAAUGUUUCACCAAAAUUGACUUGGCAAUUUCCGAUCGCCCUACACUUGAAACAACUCAACAUAUGACUUACAAUGGAGCCAUGUUUUUUCAAGCUCCCUAUGGUCCUUAUUUGCGCGAAAUAAAAAAAAUUACAAAUUUAGAGAUCCUUAGCAAUCACCAGGUGGAGAAGCUACAACCUUAUCGUGUCAUGGUAGUUCGAACUUCGAUUAAAGAGCUCUACAAUGUUUGGUGUCGUAAAGAGAACAACGAGUCAUCAAAAUAUUUGAUGGUGGAGGUCAAGCAAUGGUUUACUCAAUUGAAUAUAGACUUGGUUCUUCCAUUGUUGGUUGGAAAGCGAUAUUUCGGUUCUACAAAUGUUAUCGACAAGGAAGAAGUAGAAAUAUGUGUAAAAGCUAUAAAAGAGAUGCUGCGUUUGAUGGGGGUGUUCACAGUGGGAGAUGCUCUUCCUUUUUUAAAAUGGUUUGAUUUUGGGGGCCAUGUGAAGGCCAUGAAAAAAGCUACCAAAGAGAUGGACAAGAUUAUAGGUGAUUUGUUGGAGGAGCACCAACGUAAAAGGAGUUUGAGUGAUCAGAAGGAGGUUGAUGGUGAUCAUCAAGACUUCAUGGAUGUGAUGCUUUCAUUGCUUGAUGGAACAACAAUUGAAGGAUUUGAUUCUGAUACCGUAAUCAAAGCCACAAUACUGACACUGAUUGCAGGAGGAGUUGACACAACUAGUGUCACCCUUAUAUGGGCAAUGUGUUUGUUACUGGAAAAUCCUCUUGUAAUAGAAAAAGCACAAGAAGAACUUGACAUCCAAGUUGGCAAAGAGAGGUGUGUAAAAGAGUCGGAUAUAGACAAGUUGGUAUACCUUCAAGCGAUAGUCAAAGAAACCCUAAGGUUAUGUCCACCCGCCCCUCUCUCAGGACCACGUGAGUUCACAGAGAACUCAAAUUUAGGUGGUUAUGAUGUCAAAAAAGGAACUAGACUAAUCAUGAAUCUAUGGAAGAUCCAUACUGAUCCUAAGGUUUGGUUAGAACCUUUAGAGUUCAAACCAGAACGGUUUCUUACUACUCAUAAAGGUGUUGAUGUUAAGGGUCAUCAUUUUGAGUUAUUACCAUUUGGAAGUGGUAGAAGGAUUUGUCCAGGAAUAUCUUAUGGCCUUCAAAUGGUGCAUUUAUCUUUGGCUAGUUUUUUGCAUUCCUUUGAAAUCUCAAAGGCAUCAGCUGAACCUAUUGAUAUGACUGAAGCUUUUGGAAUCACCAACCACAAGGCAACUCCACUAGAGAUUCUUAUUAAGCCUCGUUUGCCUUCUAAUUGUUAUGAAGCUAUAUGAUCUUUGUAUUAGCUUUAAAAUGCUGUGUUUUGUGUAUUUCCAAACUAUGUAAUCCUUUGGGAUUCAUGUUAUGAUUGUUCUUUAGUCCUUUGUGAUAUUUAGUGCUUUUAUUUGGUUAAAUUUCAAUUUCAAUAUGAAGCUUGAGAA